AUGCUCGGCGUAGAGCAGGGGAAACGAGGAGGACGAAGAGGCCGGCGCAGAGGUGUCCGCCGUGGGAGGCGAAGAACCCAGCGACGGUGA